AACUUUAAGAAUGACAAUAAAGUAAAUAAUUGUGUGUGUGUGAAGUGGGAAGACACAUAUGUGAUACGUUUUUUAAAAUUAUCGGUUAUUGUAGCACAAAAUGUGACACUUAAGUUGUUGUUAAUUGAAAGCAUUAGAGUGCACAAAAUGGAGAAAGUUAUACCAAUGAAUUGGUUGAACCAAAUACUAUUAAUUUUUAGUAUAGCAGCUGCAAUAUUAUCCUUGAUUGUACAAGGGUGGAUAGAUCUCACACCUCUGCCAAUAUACAUUUCUGUCUCUUGGGCAGUAUUUAUUACAAUUAUAUCUGUAUGGCUGAGUUGUUAUUUGCUACGUCUUACACUAAAAGCCAACAGUCCGAUUCCCUUAAGAUUUAUAAAUAAGUGGAUAUACAAAAGACUAGUGAGUCAGUUAAGUUCGGAAUUUUCUGUAAACAAAGAUAAAAGUAUAGAGGUCAUUUACAAGAGUCAAAGUGAGAACCAAAAGAACUUGAAUUCUGUACAAGAAGGUACUGUUACAUGCAAUAAUGAUACAGCAUUUGAUACCUGUAAGGAAAACCCUUUGACAAGAAAAAAAAAGCUGAACAUAACAGAAAUAAUACGAGAGAUUAAUGCAAAGUAUGUAGAAAUGUGGUAUAGGAAUAUAAGUAAUGACAGAUCAUUCCCUGAUGAAGCACAGGACUUAUUAAGCAAGUUCUUGACCAGGCUUGUUUGGAAAACCAGUCUCAUAGAUAAGACAAAGGUUAUUAAUAAAUUGGCAAAUGUGUUAUUGUUGCACUUAAAGGAAUAUCAUAAAGUAUUACGUAGAGUUGAGAAGGGUACUGCAGCUAGCAUGGAGGAAGCUUAUAAAUAUUUACACCCUGGAUCUCGUAGUACGUCGACGUUGGAGCACAUGUUAUAUCGUUUAGUUACUGUUCUGGCACAAGAGUUUUUACAAUGGGAAUUAACUAGUUCAUUACCAUGCAAACUUUUGUUAUCUAUUUUAGCAAAGAGACUUUUAAUAACAAUAGACACAAUAAGCUACCCAGAUUGGUUGAUUAAAAAUAUGUUAAUAUUAUUGGAAGCUCCGUCACACAAAGUUGAUAGUGUCAUUACUCCAGUUAAACAAAAUAUCAAUGGUACCAUAAGUGUUGCUUUGAGUGAUGGUAUUACAUCCGUGACAGCGGCUGUGAUCCCACAGCAAUUACCAAAAUCUGUAUCUAAGUCUAGUCCAACUGCAACUACUACUAGUGAAAACAAGAAUGCAGUUUUAAUGGUAACUGCAGAAAGACCAACUCUGUGUUUGGAAGGUCUUUCUACAGAGCACAGUGGUCUAUGGGGAGGAAGCAUAACUAAUACAGAUCUGGAAUUAGAUGAAGAUAAGAUAUCACCGGUAUACGAAGAGCUGACAGAUUUUGCUACGACUAUCGCUAGGCUUAGAAAUCUGUUGCAACAGAGAUCUACAGCAAACACACUAUUACACGUUGAAGAAAAAUCCUACGUGAUAUAUGAAGGAAGCCAAUUUAUGAAUUUAUCAAUUCCUUGGACUGAGUUCCAUACUGCAACGGACGGCUCGCAGCAAUUGUACUAUUGUAUACAGUUUGAUGAUGUCGAACAACAUGAGGUAGAUUUAUUCGAAACAACCAUAAUCAAAAGGCAACACGCUGAUUUUGUUCAAUUGCACAUCAGUUUAGAAGAAAUUCCAUCAUUAGCAAAUAUCAUGUCGGAAUUGCGGAUAUUGCCUGAGGGUGGCCGGAUCGAACUGGAGAUGUAUUUGAAAACGUUAUGUACGCGAUUGGCGAACGAAUGUCCGCCACAACUGCGUCACUUUCUUCGACCUAGUAGUAGCGCGGGCAAGAAAGCCGACGCGGUAGCGCCUUGUUUGGAUCAAUUUCUAGCCAAGACUGUGACUGAUGUUUUUAAUACGUUGAAAACUGUUGCAGGAUUCGAACUAGAUCAAGAAGAAGAGGCUUUCCCUCUACCUACUUUGAUGUCUUUAUCUGACAUACCCUGGAGAUUUGUCGAAGAUAUAAAAUCGACAGAAUAUCACUGGAAUGGCUCUCAUAAUCACCAGGCACCCCAAACAACGGUUCGAGACACUCCCACCCAUGUAUUUCAACGAAGAAACAUUACCCGUACGAUAAUCACAUGGGUGAUCACUAUCAGCAUUUGGCUGAUAAAAAAAUUGCUGCAUCUCGUAAAUGUCGGUUACAAAAAACUGCAACAGAAAUUGAUCGUUCCGCCUUUAUGGAGGAUUUCUUCUUCGACAAAGAAAUUUGAUCAUCUGGUGGAAACAAUGCGUUCCAAAAAGGAAACGCUGCACGUAAUGUCGGAAAGGAUGACGCGACUUUCGGAAGAUUUCAACCAGAUGCGAAUAAACAUCGAAACCACUCUUAAUGCUCUGACAACCAAUAUAAUCGAAACCAUCUUUCUCGAUACUAGUAAAAAAAUGACGGAAAUUAAGACGGCAUUGCUUUUGCAGCUAAAGAAAUUACGCGAAACGCAGGAAAUUCGACUGAAAUCUUCGCAACAGGUCCCCUUAUCUUCUUCGUGUUCUUUUUCUCGUUCACCUCCACCUCCUUCUUUUUCUUCAUCU